CUUAAUUUCUUGCUUUCCCGGUUCACUGCCUCCUCACCCCAUUUUCCGUCUCAUUUCUCCGGCUUGCCGGCGACGACGAGCCAUCGCUCUCAUCCGCUUCCCCUUCCGAUCCGGUGACAAUUCUACACUCAUCGAGUGAUUGAGCCUCAGCUUAGAAGUUUUCGCUAAGAUUUGGAGCCAGAAACACUUGGGUGGUCACUUCCACUUUUCAGUGCGUAUCAACCUGAUAUCAAGUUUCAGGCCGUAAAUAAUGGCUUCCUUUCCUCAUCCCGGAUCGGUUACCGUCUGCGAGAUCAACAGAGACUUGAUCACGGCUCAGAGUUUGUCUGACGGUCGAGCUGAGGAGACUUAUGGAAAGCUUCUUGGAAUGGUAUUCGAUCCUGUUUCCUUCGAGUUGGGACCUAGCCCUCAGCAGGAAAAUGAACAACAUGAGGGAGGAGACAUGGGAAGUGUUGAAAGGAAAGGUCUGGUGGCGAUGCUGCAAGUCGCUGUUAAAGGCCUUUUACAUCCCACUGAUGUGAGGCUGUUGUCAGAAAUUGAUCUUCAAGGAGUGAGUUGGCAUCAACACAGGCACACAAUUGCCUUUAUUUCUGGUCCAAGUCAAGUUACAAUCCGUGAUUACGAGGACAAGGAGGAGAAAGAGCCUUGCAUUUUGACAAGCGAUUCCCAGAGGAAUGUUAAAGCUCUUGAUUGGAGGCCCAAUGGUGGAAAAUCUCUCUCGGUAGCUUGUCGGGGAGGGGUAUGCAUUUGGGCUGCUUCUUAUCCAGGUAACAUGGCAUUGGUCAGAUCUCGUGGCUCCUCUUUGACAGGAAGUAUCUCUCGGGGAACUGGAACUCGCUGGACUUUGGUGGAUUUUCUUCGAUGUGGUGAUGAUGAGCAGAUAAGUGCUCUGUCAUGGAGUCCCUGUGGAAGAUAUCUAGCUUCAGCCUCAUACGACAGCUCGUCUUUUACCAUAUGGGAUGUUGCUCAGGGGGCAGGGACACCUAUUCGACGUGGACUUGGUGGUAUAUCAAUGCUUAAAUGGUCACCUACAGGGGAUUACUUCUUUGCAGCAAAGUUUGAUGGAACCUUUUACCUGUGGGAGACAAACACAUGGACAUCUGAGCCAUGGUCUUCGUCUACUGGCUUUGUCACUGGAGCGACGUGGGAUCCCGAGGGACGGUUAAUCCUGAUCGCGUUCUCCAAAUCUUCGACGUUGGGUUCUAUUCACUUCUCAUCAAAGCCACCAUCGUUAGAUGCCCACCUUUUACCCGUUGAUUUGCCCGAGAUUGCUUCUUUGACUGGGAGCGAGGGAAUCGAGAAGAUAGCCUGGGAUGGUUCGGGCGAGCGGUUGGCUGUGUCAUACAAGGGAGGGGAUGACAAUUACAAGGGCUUAAUCGCUAUUUAUGACACACGGAGAACACCCAUUGUCUCGGCUUCACUCGUAGGUUUCAUCAGGGGGCCCGGGGAAAACCCUAAACCCCUCUCCUUCUCAUUCCAUGACAAGUUCAAGCAAGGUCCAUUGCUUUCAGUGUGUUGGAACACCGGAUUCUGCUGCACGUAUCCGCUUAUCUUCCGAUCAAAUGUUCUUCCCCUAGUCUAAGGCAGACAACGAUGAGUUCCAUGGACAUGGACAUGGACAUGGAACUUCACUGUAAGUUGUAAGACAAGACAAGAUCUGCUCAUUUUGAUCGUGUAAUAACAUACCUUACUUAUGUGUUCAACGUGAGAAAACUUGCUUGGUCUCA